UCUCGUGUAGCUGCGCCCAAAGCAUCAUUCAAGCAACCAAACAAACAAACAUGUAAACCUUCAUAACUGCGUGAGCCUUCAACUUAAAACAACGUGUUCAUAAGCUAUUGUAUUUUAUAAUCUAGUUGCUCGCUCCAAUGGUUACUUCGUUGAUGUACUUUAUUUACUUUUCCGAAAUACGUUAAUUUGUCGCAGUUUAGCGAAGAAUUACCAUGGACUUUAACGGAGCAGAGCUGACAUGUUCAGUUAACAGAGGAUAAAUCGACAUCCGAAACGACAUUGUUAUGAGGGACCGACUGGCUGAUUUGAAUGCGGGUAGGCAGAGUGUCAGUGAUGAUGGGGUUGUCACUGUGUCCAUGGAGAGAGAUGGCUUCAUGCAGGACUUUUUCAGAAAGGUGGAGGAGGUCAGAUGUGUCAUUAAAAAGAUCUCCUCCCUGGUCAGUGAGGUUAAGAAGAAACAUAGUUUGAUUCUUUCUGCCCCCAAUCCUGAUAACAAAACAAAAGAAGAGCUGGAACAACUCACAGUGGAAAUUAAGAAAAAUGCCAAUAUCGUCCGAAACACCCUUAAAUCUAUGCAGCAGAGUCUUCCUCCAGAGGAGCAGAUGAUCCAAGCUUCAGUAGAUGUACGCAUCCAGAAAACUCAGUACACUAACUUGUCUCGUGAGUUUGUGGAGGUGAUGACUCAGUACAAUGAAACCCAAGUGUCCUUUAGAGAGAAGAGCAAAAGCAGGAUUCAGAGACAGCUGGAGAUCACUGGAAAAAUUACAACUAAUGAGGAAUUGGAAGAAAUGCUGGAGAAUGGAAACGCAUCUGUUUUCACUUCUGAUAUCAUCUCAGACUCCCAGAUAACCCGCCAGGCCCUCAAUGAGAUUGAGUCUAGACACAAAGACAUCUUACGUCUGGAGUCCAGCAUUAAAGAGCUGCAUGAUAUGUUUGUGGACAUGGCAAUGCUCGUGGAGACACAGGGUGAGAUGAUUGACAACAUUGAAAAAAAUGUAAACAAUGCAGUAGAAUAUGUCGGUCAGGCUAAAGUGGAGACCAAAAAAGCUGUGAGAUACCAAACACGGGCCCGCAGGAAAUACAUAAUUCUUGCCCUGAUUGUUCUGGCCGUGCUUGUUGUGAUAGCAAUGAUUGUUGGUUUAUCUGUCGGCUUGUCUACUAAAACCACUGCUACCUCCAACACUGCUGCUACUAAUCCUGUCUAACCAUGCUUCCCAAGAAAACAGUCUAUGUCGCCAUUUGUGGAGCUGCGUGCGUAAUUCUUCUUCUCAUUAUCAUCGUUGGAGUUUACAGUGAAUAGUCACCUGUCCCGAAGCGCUGGUUGGGUUUUUUCUCUUAACAUGACUGCCUUUGAGAAAGCUAAAUGUAUGUCAUUUAGUUUUCAUUGAAAGUUCUCAAUGAUUGUAUAUUGCUAAAACCUCAAAAUGUCCUCUUUAAUAUGUAUUUUAUUUUACACCUAUGAAUCGUGUAAACGCCAGCACUGAUUUCUGCUCUUUUUAUGAUAUGAAAUCCGUGCCACUUUACAAUAACAACCAGAGGUCAUUUUCCUGCUCUUUUAUUUAUUUAAUACUGCUAUUCAAACUUUGCACAUUUUGUAAUGUUUUUGAUAUCUGUUACUUCAAAAAUAGUUAUUUGUGCCUUGGGAGGUCUGACUGAGAAAUGUGGAGGUAAAUUCAGUCCAGCAAAGUGCACUUAAUAAGAUUUUACUGAGCAAGGGGUUGUACUCAGUAUUGAUGAGUUCAACACAGUUUGUUGUUUCACUGGUUUGACCAUGAUGGAUCCACACAAUAUGAUGUUAGAUCUAUGAACAAUGUUACAAAACAUAUUUUAAUCACUUAAUAUCGUUCCUUUAUAUGUCUCUUAUAUGUGACCAUCAGAAAGGUAAACAUGGAGUCAAAUAUUCACAUGGUGUAUUGUAAAAUAAAUAUAUAACUUGCUCACUGUUAAAAUGUGUUGUACUUUGUCAUUAUGUCAUACAUUUAUUAAUCACCUAGUCAUUCACAGCCUACCACCAACAAAUGUAUAUGAGAGGAGAUGAAGUAUUCAUAUAUAAUGAAUU